AUGCCCAAGCUUUCAGCUUUUGCAAUCCGGAAGCCGCACGAUAACUGGAGGAAAUUGAGUAAUCUGCCUGCUUUUAUGGCAAAGUACGGUGCCGGCUUGAGAAUGCUGCAAUUUGACGAUAGCCAACUGGCCAACAUGUCCGAGGUCUUUGAUCACACAUCCUCUCUGGAAGUAUUUGAUACUUUCGAUGCCACAGGGCCUCUCUGUGAUGUCCCUGUAUCAGUCACUCAGAUUGUACUUCGUCGGUUUCCAGAGAACAUUGGUUACGGAGUUCAAACUCUAGAGUCAUUGCUUCAGGUCGUCGGGUCGUUGCCGCCGGACAGGAAGUUACAUGCCAUUCGCAUGUGUUCAGUCAACGACUAUCUCGAAAGAGAGCCAUUUCUCUGGCGAGAGAAGAUGAAAGUGGCGGACACGAGAAGGAUGGAAACCUGGAAGAGAUUUAGGUAUAAUGUGAAGAAAAUGCUAGACCUGGGCGUUUCACUUCUAGAUCAACAGGGUGUUGCUCUCGCAAACGUCCUCAUAGAGAUGGGGGAGUUUCCAGAAGCGGAUAGUGAAGAGGAAAGGGACGAAGAGAACGACGCUUAG